AUGAACCACCCGCCGCCCCCUUCCCGUGUCGGCCGGAGGCAGAAGCGGCAGAAGGGCUCCGAGGCGGCGGCGCGGCUCCCCGCCGUGGCGCUGCUCUCAAAGUGUCGCCUUCGCCUGCUCAAGCUCGAACGCGUCAAGGACUACCUCCUCAUGGAAGAGGAGUUCGUCGCCAGCCAGGAGCGCCUGCGCCCCAGCGAGGAUAAGAUGGAGGACCGAUCCAAGGUCGACGACCUCCGCGGCACCCCCAUGAGCGUUGGUUCGCUGGAGGAGAUCAUCGACGAGAGCCACGCCAUCGUCUCCUCGUCCGUCGGGCCCGAGUACUACGUCGGGAUACUUUCCUUCGUCGAUAAGGACCAGCUCGAGCCUGGAUGUGCCAUUCUGAUGCACAACAAGGUUCUGUCAGUGGUUGGUAUUUUGCAAGACGAAGUUGAUCCUAUGGUUUCUGUCAUGAAAGUUGAAAAGGCACCUUUGGAGUCUUAUGCUGACAUUGGUGGCUUGGAUGCUCAAAUUCAAGAAAUCAAAGAAGCAGUUGAACUUCCCUUAACACAUCCUGAGCUAUAUGAGGACAUUGGUAUCAGACCUCCAAAGGGAGUUAUACUAUAUGGGGAACCUGGAAGGCUGGAACAGGGAAAACUCUACUCGCAAAGAUAUUCUCAAGUUCUGGCUGUUGACAAUUCUACAUCAGCAACGUUCUUGCGUGUUGUUGGGAGUGAAUUGAUCCAAAAGUACCUCAGUGAUGGUCCCAAGCUUGUUAGAGAAUUGUUCAGGGUGGCUGAUGAUCUUUCUCCUUCAAUUGUCUUUAUUGAUGAGAUUGAUGCAGUUGGGACAAAGAGGUAUGAUGCUCAUUCUGGUGGCGAGCGUGAGAUUCAGAGAACCAUGUUGGAGUUGUUAAAUCAGCUGGAUGGUUUUGAUUCAAGAGGAGAUGUUAAAAAAAGCAGCUUUGUUCUUACCAGGUUUUGUUUUGAUGAGAAGAUACACACAUCGAAAAUGACACUGGCUGAUGAUGUAAACCUAGAAGAGUUUAUUAUGUCAAAAGAUGAGUUUUCAGGUGCCGACAUCAAGGCCAUUUGUACUGAAGCUGGCUUGCUUGCUUUGAGAGAGCAGCGGAUGAAGGUGACGCAUGCAGACUUCAAGAAGGCCAAAGAAAAGGUCAUGUUCAAGAAGAAAGAAGGCGUACCAGAAGGCCUCUAUAUGUGA